AUGGAGCAUAUUACAACUGUAGAUAAGAACAGCGGUGUAAAUAACUUAACAUCUUUUAGUAAUCAAAAACAGAAUUAUAAUACUAGCAUAAGAAAUGAUGAUAUAUAUUCAAAGAACGAUUUAUUCUACUCAUUUCACAAAAAAUUUAAUGAAAUUUUUGAAUUCAUAAAAUAUACAAAUGAAAAUAAAAAAGAUUUAGAAGAUGAAAUUGAUGAAAAUUUAAUAAAAACAUUAUAUAAUUUAUGUCAAGAAAUUUUAAAUUAUAUUAAUCAUAUAAAUGAUUUUGGUAAUAUGAACUUAUGUAAUAAUGACCAAGAAUUAAUUAUUGAAUCGUAUGAAAAUUUUGUUCGUCAUUGCAAACAGUACAAUGAUAAACUUCAAGUAAAGCAGUUAGAAAAUGAAAUUUCAAAUUUAUUAGAUCUACUCUUUAAUAAUACAUCAGAAGCUGUAAAUAUAUUGUUCUCAGCUAAUUCCUUUUUUGUCGAUCAUGUAGAAAACUUAAAAAUAAAGUUGACGGAAAGGAAUCAAAAAAUAGAGUUUGAGAAUGAAAGGUUGAAAAAAUUAGAAUUAGAAGCAAAAGUUGAGGAGUAUGAUGCAAUUUUUGACAAGAAUAAGGAAAAGAACAACGAAAUGGAUGAAACAUUGAAAAAACUUAAAAAGGAAAUCAACAAGUUAAGAGAAAAAAUAGAAAAAUACGACAACUACAUGAAAAAGAAAAGAAAGGAAAUAGACAUAAAUUUUUCAGACACAUUAGACUGCAAAGAGAGAAUUAAAUUAUUAGAGGAAAAUAUAAAAUCAGCAGAUAGGAAUAUGAAAACUACCCAGUUGUCACCACUUAAGAUAAUAGAGAAAACGGAUGAUUUUAUUAUUCUCGAAUUUACGACAAUACGUAAUGUAAUGCAAUUCAAAGUAAACAGUUAUCAUUCAGAAAAUGUCCAAGUAGAAAUAAAUCCGUGUGAUCAAAAUAUUUUAUCUUAUAUAAAUGAAAAUAUAAAAAAAUGCAAAGAUAUAUCUGAGAUUACAUAUUUAAUUAAAGAGGCAAUAUACUUAAAUUUUCUGGACAUUUGA